GCGCGGCUUUGUUGGAAAAAGGACUCAAAUUGCGCGGGGACGUCGGGACGUCCUCCCGCGCGACAGGUCACAGUCAGUGGCGGGCUUAAUUGCGGCGUGAGGGCUGUCACUCCAGUCGCUCCACGGCCACGAUGGUUAUAAAGCGGCUGCAGAGCGGACCAGUGCGCACACACGCUCCUGGACCUCCGGCCAACAUGCACGUCCCCUACGUCGUCGUGGUGGUAGUCGCCGCCGUGGUCCACUGGGCCGGCGCCCAGUCCGCAUCCGAGCUGGCCUACGCCAACAACCUCGACGAGUGCAUCAGCGAGCUGGGGAUGACCAAGGACGAGUUCAGGAAGAGUGGGGACCCAACGUUGAAGGUACAGUACUGCUUGAUGACAAAAGACGGCACGGUCGGACCAGACGGAAAGUUUUCGGCUGAGGGAGCCUUGGCGCAAAUAGAGAGUUUUUGGAAAUCUCAACCGGAUCGGGUGGCCAACGCCACAAGGGUUGUUGCUGCGUGCCGCGCUGAACUCGAAGCUGAGACAGCCAUGGGGGAGGCACUGGCGAAGAAGAUUAUGGAUUGCUUCUCGAAAAACGACGUGUCCGGAAGGGGGCCCCCCACGACCCCCGCCCCCGCCAUGUGACAGCAGGAGGAGUGAAUCAGACGGGUUCCUGCGCCCGGCGUGCGGGCAACCCAUCCUACCGCAAAGGCUCCGCUCGGCUCCGCUGGACCGGAGUGGACACCUCCACUCCACCAACGUGGCGAGGUCGACUAGCUCGGCUGGGUCGCGUUGGCGGCACCGUUGCCCUCCUGCAGCGUCAGUCGCAUCUGCAAGGGAGAGAGACGUAACAUGUUGUGUAAAAUGUACUCUCUGAAAACCUUACAAACUAUUUUAGCCAUUGUAAAAAAAAGUACUAGCUUGCGUUAUAACAAAAAGUAUGUUAAGCAUACAGAAGCUUACAAGGGAAAUACUUCGUAAUUUACGAACUUUUUCUUCGUGUAACAAAGGAAAUUAGUUUGUACUAUGUAUGCUCAAAAUACUUCGUAAGGAUUUAAGCGUGUAAAUUACAAAGACCCGCAUGUGAAAUAGAGACAGCCUCUUUACUA